AUGCCCGACCCGAUGAGCAUCAUCAUCAUCGGCUGUGAUAGGAAGGAUGCGCUCAUCUGCGCCGAUCAGCUCUAUCGAGAGGCGGUUUCAGCGUCUACCGCCAAGGCACCUACUCCUGCCACCGAGAAGAAGACCAGUAAGGCCUCGGCCGCCGACAAGACUCCUGGCUCCAGCAAGGGUUCCUGCAAUUACUCCGGCAAACACACCUCUUCGGAGUGCUGUGUUCCCGCUAAGGACGUGCCAGAGAGCUCUACCGGCAAGAGCAAGAAGUCUAAAGCGGCCCUACCGGAAACCAAGAAGGAAAGCAUGCUCGCCGCCUUCCCGCGGGUGAAUGUCGACGUGUUUGCAUGUGGGCCAAUUCAUCGAUGGGUCCACUGUGUGUUGGCUGGGUGCGGAGCUAAAGGGUGCCGUUGGUUGUUCCUCGGGGAGAGCCCAUUGGGCACAACGGCAGCCCUAGCCUCAGUCCACAGCCGCCAUGCCCUCACUCCUCCUCGCCGCCACACUCCCUUCCUCCUCCUCCUCCUCCUCCUCGCUGCCACACUCCCUCCCUCCUCCUACCUACUCACCAUAGCCUGCCAUAAGCGGCUCCCUCCUCACCAUGGCCCCGCCAUAGGCAGCUCAAGCGAUGGUGGAGCGGACGGCAGCCUCAGCGUGUGGGCGGCGGCGGCCCGUCUGGUGAACGAGCCCGCACCUCCCUGCCCUCCUCAUCACCCUUCCCUCCUCGGCUUAAUGGGAGGUUCGCGGGGCACCUCUCAGGCUGCUGCUGCCUCUUCCGCCCAGCAGGACGAGCACAAGAAGCUUGCUGCUAUGUUUGGUUCAUAUGGUCGUCGACUGGAAGCUCGCGCUCUGAAUGAUCUCAUUCUCUAUGGCCGGCAAUACACACUUCUCAUUACUACCAGCCGGGUCUUCUCAGAGGGUUCAUGGGCCAUCAUGAUGAUAUACUUAAUUCUUUAAACAAGAAUGGUAAGAACUAAGGAGGGUUGUCUUGUCCAAGAGCUCUGCCGCGAUGGCAUCGCCACUCAGUGAUGCCUAAGCAGGAAGGCCAAUCGCGGGGAGGUGCGACAUGGGUGGCCUAAAGAGCUAAUUUGGUGCCCUCUCUCUUUGCCUCUUGUUUCCUCCGGCACCCAGAUUUUGAUGGCUAAUAUAUUGACUUCCUAAACAUCUUUAAUUUAUAAGUAAUGUAGUAGUUAUAUGCUUUUCAUUUAUGAUAGAGAGAUUGAAUCAGGGUGUUUUGCUUGCUGCUUUGUAGGAAAAUGUACCCUGUUGCAGUUCCUCUGUCUUCACGAAUUACUAUCCAACUUUUAAGUCUGUUCUAAACUCUCAGCCCCAUGUAAAUCUGAUGGAAGAUUGGGCCGUUUAAUUUGGAACAAAAAGGGUAAUAUGCUCUCAGUUGCUUGAAUC